UGUGAUUCAUUUUAAUUCUCUUUCGAUAUAUUUGGAGUAUUGGUAGUUUAUAUCUAUGCGCAUCUUGUUCGAGGCCUUCCUCUCUUGUCGAAACAAUAAAAAGUAGAAUCAUUUUUAGUUACAAGGAUAAAAUUCAUUUAUCAUCUUUACCCUUGAUCAACUGAUACCAGUUUAAUUCUCGAUGCACUAGGAGUUGAGAUGAACAGUAUUUAAGGAUUCAUCUUGAGAUGAACAGUCACAAUAUUUAAGGAUUCAUCUUGAAUUUGAGCUAAUCAUGGGGUGAAAAGGAAAAAUCUUGUUGACUGCAUACCUGUAUUGUCAUAUCUUACCUUAUUCUAGGAUCCUCCAUAAUUUACAGAACAUUAGCACCUAAAAUGGCAGUUUAAAUGACCUCAAUGUAAAGGAGGGUUUAUCUGCCUACUAACAAUUCUGUAGCAUACAUCUGCCAGUAUCUUUUAUGAUUUCCAUGCAAUUAACAUUAUUUUUGUCAACACUCUUCUUUUCCUCAGCUUAGCUGGUUGGCUUAUGUUUCUCUCCAGUCCUUUGAUGUGAAGUAUCUGAUGAGUAAUUUAUUCAAUUGUCUUUUACUUUCCAAUCCAAAAUUUCUGCUUUUUAAUCAUUCGGCUUCAGUUAAUUUUGCUUUGCGUUUCAUUAUUGAGUACAUAUCUCUAAUACCAUCAAUGCUUAUAUUUCAUGAAACUUUUGCUGGUGCAAACAUAUGAUCCACCCUUUUUCCCAUUGAAAAAAGAAAAUCUAAAUAUCUGACUAUGAUUUCAUUCACUUAAUCAAUUAAUCAUCCAUUGCAAUUUUUUUUUUGAUAAGUGAUACAUUGUAAGAUUGUAACACAGCAAUUAUAACACUAAAUUUAAUCCCAUAUUAAUAGUGGAUAAAUAGUUGAGUUCACUUAUAAGAAUUUGAUGAGUGUACUAUCAUUAACUUGACUUUAAGCAUCUUUGGCCAAGUUGCUUAACAAGUUAAUGGGUCAUGACCAUACAUCCUAUUUGGUUCUCUUCAUAAUUAUGGCACCUUAUCUCUUUUCCUCUAUGCAUUCUUCUUCAUAUGUUUUUUCCAAUAAUCACCAAUCCCAUGCAGAGUUGCAGUACUUUCUUUUUUUGGCACUUGCAAGUGUAUUUGAAGUUGCUGUAUCUGACUAAUACCAUGGGGACCUCAUAAAUCUUUAUCUUCUCUUCUUUACCACUAUGAUGUCUUUAUGGCAUGCUAUUCUGUUGUCAUUAUGAAUGUCCUAUUUCAUGCCAGAAAUCAUUUGUUGGUGAUUCUCAUUAACAAGCAAAUGUGGCUUUUGAAUAUAAUUUUGCACCUGUUCCUUUUCAAUUUUAGAUAUCUAUUUGCUGUAAUUUAUGGCUAGUAGCUGAUAACAAUUACUAGAGCCGCAUGUUAGCAGAGAUAUAUUUCUCUGUCCCGAAAGUACUAUUGUUGGGUUAUUGAUUGUUAUGCAACAGCUUGACAUUUGGGUUGGCACUCUAAGCUGAAAGAAUGAACUGGGAUAAUUGUUACUCAAACUCUCAAAGUAUGUCAUUGCCUUUCUGUUCUUUCAUGGACUGAGACCAGUAAAAUCAACUGGCUGUUUAGCUUGAAAUUUCUGAUAGUGAAUGUAUUUUGCACACUACUUAACUGGUAAAGAGAUUUCAUUCCCCAGUUUUGCAUAAUUAUGGUCGGAAGAAUAUGCAAAAUGUCAGGACCUCAAAAUGUAACCUUUUCCAUUACAGUCUAUAAAAUUAGAACUUGAUGAUGCCAUAGACCUUAUCUUUCUAAUGUUCAACCACCCAAAGGGUCUUUUUGAACAGGUUAUGAUGCAGGCUGUGGAUCUAUGGAUUACUCAAGGAUAGGUAUGAGUGAGUUCCUUACAACUGGUUUCGAAAUAUUUUUGCAUGUUUUCACUUCCACUUCUUUCUGGGUUACCCUUAAAUGGCUAAAGUGCUGAUGAGAAUCUCCUGUUAGAUUGGACUAUAUUCCUUGUGCAACCCCAUUCAUGUUCUUCUACAUAUUAGAUUCCCAUAUAAUUAUGAAAGAAAUGGUCUUACACAGAUGGUAUGUCACAGUCCAGAUAACUAUAACUGAUUUAUCAACCUUAUCGAACUUUCCAUUUUAAGCUAGUGUUAAUGGUAGUAGACUCGUCUAGUCUUUAUUAGUUGAUUGGUCGUCUUUCAAUACAAGCUUUCUCACUUAGUAUUUUAAUAUUCUCAUGUAAACAAAAAUAACUCAAAAUCAAAAUAUAACAUGGUGCAUGUAAGUUGUAGUUCAAUUGUGACUUCACACAUCGUGAUGAAUAGUCAAGUUAGGAUCAAAAGUCCUUUCUUACUUAAAUAUCUUAUCAUGUUUAGUACUAGGUUAGUUAUGAUAUCAUUUUAUGAUAAUUCACUUGAUGAGAUAACAGAUCUACUAACUUUAUUAAGCUUUAAUCACUAUCAUAAAAUGCUUAAGAUCAAAUUAGUGUUAGUAAACCCAUCUAGUGCUGUACUUAGAUUGCCACCUCAACUACAACUCAGAACUUAGUUUCAAAAUAAACCCAGCACUUAUAGUUUUGGAUAAUCUUGAAUAAUAUCCCCCAGUGAAUUAGCAUGUAGGCUUGAACUAACAAGCUAUUUGAUUGCCUAGAAAUCUAUGCCAUCUGUAAAUUUAAUUAGAAGUAAUUUACUUACAAAUACUUGAUUGCAUACAAUAUAUCAUUUGCAGCAUAUACAUAUGAUUACAUAUUUACAUGCUGCAACAUUAUUGUGAUCUAAACUUCGGCAUGUUGCAUUCUCCUUGGAUGGUGUACAGCUAAAAAGUGAAUGUGGGUUCUCUUCCUUCCAUCAUACUAGUAAAAUUUGCUAUUUGCUGUGAAAUAACUUCAUAUCAUUAAGUCAGAAAAUAUGACCAAAUACAAUUAAUGACCUCAGUGUCCAAUUGGGCUCCCCACCUUGUAUAAGUGCUUAGAACAGUGCCCAAGUAAACCAUAUAGAAACUUCACAUUCCCAGAGAAGACCAAACUCUCCAAACCAAUCAAGAAAUCCUUUGCAAACAUAGAAUAACAUAACAGUGUACAUGCUAAAUAAUAGUUUAAUAAUAAUAGUGCAAAAUGUGCAUUAAGAACAUGCUUAAUGUAACAAUUUUCAUCAUCCUUGCUGAGGUAGGUCAACUCCAUGGAUGUUACUCUUGCAUCAUAGCCCCAAAUUAAUGUGUUCCAGGACAAGAGCUAUUAUAUUGGUGUGCAGUGGUCUUCCUGCUCAAGAAUUUAUUUCAUUCAGAGCUGAAGCAGUCCUCACCACUUGAAAGGUCCAUAUCAUGGGACAUCAGUCAUCACACCACAGCAGGCCACACCCAUUGCCAUUAACUCAUUGCAAUGGCCCCACUGUUAUCUAAAAGAGUCCUUGGUUGGGAUUAGGAUUUCUCUUCUUCUCUGGGAGAUCAGAUCAUGUAAUUUUAAGUGGUAGUAGAGCAAGACUACAUCAAUUUGAUCAGUGUUCAUUUUACCUGUCAGGUAAAGAAGAUAAUUUGAAGAGGGAAAGUACAUUGCAAUCCCCUGCUUAAGGUUUUGACUAGUGGGAAAGAACUUGGAUGAAGGAUGUUGUGGCUCUUGGAGAUCUCUUGUCCAUCGACGCUGGAUGGGCUGCAGCAUUUGGUCAUCAAACAACAACAUCCACCGCAGAUUAAGAGCAUGACAAUUGAAUCAAUCACGGGUAGCUUCCAGCCAAAAACAUUUCAUGUGCAUUGACUUGCCACUUCCUAUGGUUUAGACUUCAGAGGGGAGAAAAAGGAAAAAAGAAAGCAGAGCAUCCGAGUACAGCAAUUUAAAGUGCACAGCGAUGCGCCUUUUUGGACGUAGCUGUAUCAACUAUCGGGGAGAGAGCGAGAGAGAGAGAGAGAGAGAGAACUGGGCGGGUGGACUCGGUUUGUCUCUUCCGCUGUUGCUUCAGAGAUUUCUGACAUGUCAUAUCGGAUUCACGGGUUCUUUGGAUUCUGCAUCCCUAUCAGCAGUAAUCUUCUCCAUUUGUUUAUCCCAAGCAUGUCUUAUCUGCAAUGUUUAAUUGUUUAGCAACAAUGAUGUUGAAAUGAAUAACUGAUCAUCGAUUAAUGGAGUCGGAUUGACUGCUGCAGUACAUUCACUGACCGAGGAGGACUCUCUGUAUCUGUCUCUCUUUAAUGCCCAAGGACUAAAUCUAACAGCCAACACGGCGACUCAGAGACAGCAAACAGUGCCGCAGCAUCACUGCAUCUGAAGUCAAACACAAUCCUUCCUUCGCAGCAGAAUACAAAUCUGAUGCAGACACAAGGAGUGGGAAGAAGGAACACCAGAGAGCUUGCUGCCAUGGCUUCCUCCUCAGCUCUCCGCACUCUCCUCCUUCCUCUCUUUCUAUCCUUUCUCAGUACCCUCAGCUCUUCCUCUGAAUCAGACCUCCUCCUUACCUUCAAGUCCUCCAUCGAGGACCCUACCUUGGCUCUGUCCAACUGGUCCCCAAACUCCACAACCCACUGUAACUGGACUGGCAUCACUUGCUCCAACGCCACUUCUCUGGUUACCUCUGUUGAUCUCCACAACCUCAACCUCUCUGGUGACAUCUCUCCUUCCAUCUGCCACCUCCCUCAGCUCUCCCACCUCAACCUUGCCAACAACUUCUUCAACCAGCUCAUCCCUCUCCAGCUCUCUGAGUGCGCCGGACUCGUCACUCUCAACCUCAGCAACAAUCUCCUCUGGGGAACUCUUCCUGACCAGAUAGUUCUGCUCUCCAAUCUCACCACACUUGAUCUCAGCAGGAACCGCAUCGCAGGGCAGAUACCACUCAGCUUGGGUUCUUUGGGCAGCCUCCAGGUUCUAAACUUGGGAAGUAAUCUGUUCUCAGGUAUCCUCCAUCCUCCCCUCUUCAGAAACUUGAGUGAGCUUGUCCUUCUUGACGUGUCUCAGAACCCAUCUUUGGCAUCUGAACUGCCGCAAGAAAUCGGGAGACUGGCUAAACUGAGAUGGCUUCUGAUGCAAAGAUCUGGUCUUUACGGUGCCAUUCCUCAAUCCUUCCUAGGUCUUCGUGAACUGAAGGUUUUAGACCUUUCCCAGAACAAUUUGACAGGGAAAAUCCCCUUGGGGUUUGGGUUGGCCUUUCUGAAGCUGACUACUCUGGAUCUCUCUCAGAACAUGCUUUCCGGAUCAUUUCCUACUGAUGUUUGUUAUGGGAAAUCUCUCAUCGAGCUCAGUCUUCACGAUAACUCCUUCACUGGUCCAAUUCCUAAUAUCAUCGAGAAAUGCUCGAGUCUCGAGAGGUUUCAGGUGCACGACAAUAGCUUCGCUGGGGAACUUCCAUCUGGUUUAUGGUCAUUGCCAGAGUUAAAGCUCUUCAGAGCUGAGAACAACCAGUUCUCGGGCGAACUACCCGAUCUGGUUGGAGUGUCUUCUCGGCUCGAGCAAGUUCAGAUCGACAACAACAGCUUCACGGGUAGAAUUCCUCGAGGUCUCGGUCUGGUUCACACCAUGUACAGGUUUUCGGCGUCGCUUAAUGGUUUCUCUGGCAAUCUCCCUGAGAGCAUCUUUGAUUCGCCUGUCUUGAGCAUCAUCAAUUUGUCCCACAAUUCUCUCACUGGAUCCAUCCCGGAGUUCAGGAACUGCAGAAAGUUGGUCUCUUUAUCCUUGGCAGACAACAGUUUCACCGGGAACAUCCCACCUUCUCUUGGGCAUUUGCCGGUGUUGACGUACAUCGACAUUUCCAACAAUAAACUCAGUGGCGAGAUCCCAUUGGAGCUUCAAAACUUAAAACUUGCUCUGUUCAAUGUUUCUUUCAAUCAGCUAUCAGGAAGUGUUCCACCUUCUCUGGUUUCUGGUCUUCCAGCUUCAUUUCUACAGGGGAAUCCAGGCUUGUGUGGACCUGGGUUGCCUAAUCCAUGCAAUGUGCCACCGGGAAGGCAGAGAUUCAACACCAACAGAUUGAUUUGGGCAGUAAUCGUGAUGUCCAUUGCUGUUGGUUUCAUGGUAUUAACUGCAGGACUGUAUGUGGUAUAUAGGUUGUCUCGAAGCAAGUCGAAUCCAUGUACAUGGAAAUCAGUGUUCUUUUAUCCUCUCAGGAUCACAGAGGAGGAACUGCUGAUGGCUUUAGUCGAGAAAAAUGCAAUCGGUGAAGGAGCUUUCGGCAAAGUUCAUGUCGUCCAGCUACCAGGGGGAGAAUUUGUUGCAGUCAAGAGAUUGCUCAACUCCAGUAAUUUAUCUUUCAGGAAGGUGAAGUCGGAGAUCAAGAUACUGGCAAAGGCCAGGCACCGGAACCUGACCAAGCUGUUGGGCUUUUGUUACUCCAAAGGCACCAUUCUUCUCAUCUUCGAGUACCUGCGAAAGGGGAGCUUAGGAGAUGCUCUUCGUCGACCGGGCUUUUCGUUCGAGUGGAGUCUUCGCCUCAAACUGGCAAUUGGAUCUGCACAAGGAUUACUCUACCUUCACAAAGAUUAUGUCUCGCAGAUACUUCACAGGAACAUGAAAUCUAACAAUAUUCUCAUUGGAGAUGAUUUUGAGCCAAAGGUAUCCGAUUUUGGCCUUGAUCGUGUGAUUGGGGAGACCUCAUACAAAUCAUCAGUAGCUUCCGAGUUGGGUAGCUACUGCUAUAUGCCUCCAGAGUAUGGUUGCAGCAGCAAGAAACCAUCAGAGGAAAUGGACGUGUACAGCUUCGGGGUUGUGCUACUGGAACUCAUCACCGGAAGGCCAGCUGAGCAGCCAGAAGCUCGGGAGAUGCUCGACGUCGUCAAGUUAGUAAGAAGGAAAGUAAACAUGACCAAUGGAGCUCCACAAAUACUGGAUCCUAAGAUCUCUGGCACGGCACAGCGAGACAUGUUGGAAGUACUGGAGCUUGCUCUUCGCUGCACUGCUAUUUUGCCCGAGAAGCGACCCUCGAUCAUUGAGGUUGUCCGGUCUUUGCAGUCACUCGAGCCAAUCAUCUACCCUCCAAUGUGCUCCGGUGAGCUGCUGCCUUCGGGCCAGCAGUGAACAAGAACUCUCUGCCAGUUCUAGUGGUUCCAAUCUGCAAAGAGUGCGAGAAAGGAUAAAAUGUUUUACAUAGCUUAAUCUAUUUUGUUGUUGUUUUUUAUUUGUAUUUUCUGAGGUUUUUAGUUUGAUUUGGAGGUUUGUACAGUGAGAAAUAGUGAUAUGGAGUAGUACUUGUUGCAUCAGUUGAGUUAUCAGCUACCAGAUUUGACUUGCUA